AUGAUACUGCGAAUCAAAGCCGUCCGUUGCAUUCCAAUCACGCCAAAAGUCCCGCAAUCCCAGUGCCAUUACUCGCAUCCCGAAGAAAGGAACAAGCAAAAGAAAUAUCCUUCGAAGCUCUUAAAAAAGCUCCAACAAUGGCCAGAAAACUCCCCGCAUUACUCAGUAGCCUCGCCCUUCUUUCCUAUUCACAUCCUUGGCCGCCGCCAAUACACCGGUUUCUCUCGGACUCUCUCUCCGUCCUCAUUGGGCCUCCGUAAGGAGAAGCUGAGCCACCUUCACUUCUACUUCCACGACAUCGUCAGCGGACGGAAUCCCUCCGCCGUGAAGGUGGCGGAGGCCGCCAUGACCAACACCUCCUUAACGGGGUUCGGGCUGGUGGUGAUGGCGGACGACCCGUUGACGGCCGGUCCGGAGCCGGGGUCGAAGCUACUGGGUAAAGCUCAGGGAAUAUAUGCGUCGGCGGCGCAAGACGAGGUGGGGUUGUUGAUGGUGAUGAACUUUGCGUUCGUGGAAGGGAAGUAUAAUGGUAGUAAUCUGAGCUUGUUGGGACGAAACAAGGUGUUCAAUAAAAUUCGAGAGAUGCCGAUCGUCGGCGGGAGCGGGCUUUUCCGGUUCGCACGCGGCUACGCUCAGGCAAAGACCCACACCUUUGAUCUGAAAACCGGCGACGCCGUCGUGGAAUAUAACGUCUACGUGUUCCAUUAUUGAUGAUUCUUGUUGGUUAAUUUUCGCUUUCUCCUUCAGCUCGGAGUCCAUCUCCCUGAGUAGUAUUCUUUGUCGCUUUUGCCUUUCAUCUCCUUGUCUUUUCUGGAAAUGCGGUGGUCCGUGCCUUGGGUUCUCCUUGGCAGUGGGAUCGAGAUUCUCCCCACUGAUAUCGCGUGAAGUUUGUAGAGACAAAUUAUUCCUCCCUUUCUCCCGUCUAGUUUAGCUUGAAGCUAUUUAAUUUAAAGUGAUUCUAAUACCCUGUGCGCUUUUCUAUCUUUGGCUUUUCUUCAUAAUGCUUGCUAGCUAGACGUGUGGUCCUUGAUGCAAAAUCAUUAGUUUAAUAUAAGAUGUUCUAUAUAA